AUGUCAGAUAAGGUACCGGCUCCAAAAAAGACGUCACCUGAGGUUUUAAUCUCACCAAAUCAGUCUCACUGCUCUCUUUAGAAAUCAAUCCGUGCACUGCCAAAGCUGAAUUUGACUGAAGAUGGUACGUGUUUAUGCUUCUUGUGCUUCUGAAAGUACUUUGCCAGAACAAGAUACGUCUGGAGAAAGCUUGCAGAAGUACUCAGAUCAGGAGUGGCAAAGUAGUGAAGAACCUUACCCUUCGGAGCUUCUGAACGUGAAGAAAAAGCCAGUCUGUUUUAGCAUAAAUUACGUUUCAAAAUAGCUGGAAUGCUGUAGAACCGAGUGACGGUUUUCGCCGCUCCGAUCAAAAAAGAACAGACGAGAGUCAGCUUGAAAAGUCCGACGAGUGGUGAGCUCGAAAGAAAGUGAAUCACGAUAACUUGAUUUUCAAAGCAACGGAGGAUCGUUCGCACUACAUAGCUCGGCUGAUGCAAAAAGUAACUAACGUACUGUUAGAGAACGAGGACGCGAAAGGAGUCGAGGUUCAACAAGACUUUCAGAAAAGGAAAUCAAAACUCCUCUUCAGGUUCAUGUGUCGAUGGUAUUCCGCGAAGAAAAGCCCAUUCCCCUGACUGGAAAGAAAUAG